GUUAUUUCAAACGUUGAUCUUAGGAUCAUCAGCACGGCUUUUUAAGAUAGGUUUCACGAGCAAAAUACCAAGACAGGAAGCGAGUUGACGGCAGGGAUGCAGUCGUUCCAGACAAAUUAACUUUCAUCCUUGCAUCAAAAUGGAAGAAAUGCCAAGGGAUGCCUGGUGUUGGAGCUUCCAAGUUGCUCAAGAGCCCUUCAAAGUCCGAGGCCGUCUUUUGUGAAUUAGACAUGAGUGGCAGCAUUGUGGCAAAAGACUACUGGAAAUAAUUUUUUCCCUCCAUUUCUCUCAUUUGAACACCACCUUUUGUGGGCUAAUUUCCUUCCCUGCAUCUCACCACACCAACUCUGUUGUCAACCUCAGGCAGAGUUGAGUCACUUGUGUCCUCUGGCCUCGUGCCCUUCCGUCGGUGUUGGUGUACGAUGGCGCGGUGGGACGCUGAGGGCUGCAGCGGGAGACUGUGAUGUCAGUGCCAAACAGCCCGGGUGAGAGCCGGCGUGGCGCUCCCAGAUUCUUCGUGGGUUGCGAAGACGAUGACAGCGAGGUCCUGGAUAGUACAACGACAGACAUGGAACUGUAUGACGACGACGAAGACACAGACUCGCCACCAGAGCAACAGAUUGUGGUGGGGAUCUGCUGCAUGAUGAAGAAGUCAAAGUCCAAACCAAUGACCCAGAUCCUGGAGAGGCUAUGCAGGUUUGAGUACAUCACUGUAGUCAUCUUUCCAGAGGACGUCAUCCUCAAUGAGCCUGUGGAAAAUUGGCCGCUGUGUGACUGUCUCAUCUCGUUCCACUCCAAAGGAUUUCCACUGGAUAAAGCAGUGAGCUAUGCCAAACUAAGAAACCCUCUGCUUAUCAAUGACCUGAACAUGCAGUACUAUAUACAGGACAGGAGAGAAGUAUAUCGUAUCUUGCAGGAAGAAGGAAUAGAUCUUCCACGCUAUGCUGUCCUAAAUCGCGACCCAGAUAAUCCAGAUGAGUGUAACUUGGUGGAAGGAGAAGACCACGUGGAGGUGAAUGGAGAAAUAUUUCAGAAGCCUUUCGUUGAGAAGCCGGUCUGUGCUGAGGACCACAACGUCUACAUCUACUACCCUACUUCUGCCGGUGGUGGCAGCCAGCGUCUCUUCAGAAAGAUUGGGAGCAGAAGCAGUGUGUACUCACCAGAGAGCAGUGUGAGGAAGACUGGUUCUUACAUCUAUGAAGAGUUCAUGCCAACAGAUGGCACUGAUGUCAAGGUGUAUACUGUGGGGCCUGACUAUGCUCAUGCUGAAGCCAGAAAAUCUCCUGCAUUGGACGGGAAGGUAGAGCGGGACAGCGAGGGCAAGGAGGUUCGUUACCCUGUCAUGCUGUCAGCUAUGGAGAAACUGGUGGCCCGAAAAGUCUGUUUAGCAUUUAAGCAAACUGUUUGUGGCUUUGACCUCCUCCGAGCCAAUGGACACUCCUUUGUGUGCGACGUCAACGGUUUCAGUUUUGUGAAGAACUCUAUGAAAUACUACGAUGACUGUGCGAAGAUCUUGGGGAAUCUUGUAAUGCGGGAGCUAGCUCCCCAGUUUCAGAUUCCGUGGUCCAUCCCCACUGAGGCAGAGGACAUCCCAAUUGUUCCGACGACGUCAGGGACCAUGAUGGAAUUACGCUGUGUUAUAGCCGUCAUCCGCCAUGGAGACAGAACACCGAAGCAGAAGAUGAAGAUGGAAGUUCGCAACCCCCUGUUCUUUGACCUUUUUGAAAAAUAUGGAGGAUACAAAACUGGGAAAUUAAAACUAAAGAAGCCAAAACAGCUGCAGGAGGUGCUGGACAUCACACGGCAGUUAUUAGCGGAACUGGGUCAGCACAACGACUGUGAGAUAGAAGAAAAGAAGUCCAAACUGGAGCAGCUAAAAACUGUUCUAGAAAUGUAUGGGCACUUCUCUGGGAUCAACAGAAAAGUGCAGCUAACCUAUUUGCCUUAUGGGCAGCCCAAAACUUCUAGCGAAGAAGAAGACACACGUAAGGAAGGUCCAUCUCUGCUGCUUGUACUAAAAUGGGGAGGAGAGCUGACGCCUGCUGGCAGAGUGCAGGCUGAGGAGCUUGGGAAGGCCUUCCGUUGUAUGUACCCUGGAGGACAAGGAGACUAUGCUGGUUUUCCUGGCUGUGGAUUACUGCGGUUGCAUAGCACUUAUAGACAUGACCUGAAGAUAUAUGCAUCUGAUGAAGGCAGAGUGCAGAUGACUGCUGCAGCUUUUGCAAAGGGUUUGUUAGCCUUGGAGGGGGAGCUGACUCCCAUCCUGGUACAGAUGGUAAAGAGCGCUAACAUGAAUGGGUUGCUGGAUAGCGACAGUGACUCACUAAGUGGCUGCCAGCAUCGUGUUAAAGCCAGACUUCAUGAGAUUCUACAGAAAGACAGGGAUUUUCUUGAUGAAGACUACGACAGGCUGGCCCCAUCAUGUAGUGUGUCUUUAGUGAACUCGAUGAAAAUAGUCCAGAACCCUGUGGAAACAUGUGACCAGGUUUACGCCCUCAUUCAAAGUCUGACUGCACAGAUCCGUAAAAGAAUGGAGGAUCCCAAGUCAGCUGACCUGCAAUUGUACCACAGUGAGACAUUGGAGCUGAUGCUACAGCGCUGGUCCAAACUUGAGAGAGACUUCCGCAUGAAGAACGGCCGCUAUGACAUCAGUAAAAUACCCGACAUUUAUGACUGUGUCAAAUACGACGUUAUUCAUAAUGCCACUCUGGGCUUGGAGGACACACUGGAGUUGUUCAGACUUUCUCGUGCCUUGGCUGAUAUUGUCAUUCCACAGGAAUAUGGCAUAAACAAAGCUGAGAAGCUGGACAUUGCAUAUGCCUACUGCCUCCCACUGGUCAGAAAGAUCCAGCUUGACCUACAGAGGACCCAUGAAGAUGAGUCUGUCAACAAACUGCACCCUCUAUAUUCUCGUGGAGUGAUGUCGCCUGGACGCCAUGUCAGGACACGUCUCUAUUUCACCAGCGAAAGUCACGUACACUCUCUGCUGAGUCUUUUUCGCUAUGGUGGUUUGCUUGAUGUAAGUGUUCCCACCUUAGCUGAGUCAUUCAAUCUGUCUGGGAUCAGGCUGAAACUGAGUUUAAAUGUGUUUUAUGUGCUACAGGAAGAGAAGGAUCAGCAGUGGAAUCGUGCCAUGGAUUACCUGAGCGCUGUCUCUGAACUCAACUACAUGACUCAGAUUGUCAUCAUGCUAUAUGAGGACAACAAUAAGGAUCUCACCUCAGAGGAACGGUUCCAUGUGGAGCUUCACUUCAGCCCGGGAGUUAAAGGUGUUGAGGAAGAGGAAAAUGCACCAACAGGCUUCGGCUUUAGGCCUGCCUCUGCAGAGGUAGCACGACAGAAUGGGCAAAAGCAGACGGACCCUGGAAGCCUGGAAGACCUCUCACGCGAUGAGACUGAUAGAGCUGUACCGUUGUCUGAGCCCAUCACCAUCCAGAGAAGAUCACCACUUAUACGCAACCAUAAAACUGGAUCAAUGGAGGUUCUGUCAGAGACUUCAUCCUCCAAAGUAGGCAGUUAUCGCCUCUUCUCCUUCUGUUCUCGCCAGUCGCCUGACAUGAAACAAAGUGGGCUAGGCUCUCAAUGUGCCGGGCUGUUCAGCACCACUGUCCUAGGUGGGUCCUCUAGCGCACCUAACCUGCAGGACUACGCACGCGCGCACCGCAAAAAAUUCUCCACCAGCAGUCUGUCCUACAAAGACGAAUUGUUGUCUAUGCCGGCAGUAAAGCGAUUUUCUGUGUCGUUUGCAAAGCAUCCGACUAAUGGCUUUGAAGGAUGCUCCAUGGUGCCCUCCAUUUAUCCUCUGGAAACACUGCACAACUCUCUGUCACUCAAACAGGUCAAUGAGUUCCUCACAAGUGUGUGCGAGUGUGCAGGGGAUCCACACACCAGGACUACCAGAGCUCUGUCGGCCAUGUUUGGGGCACACAACCAUGCGUCGGGGGACUCCUACAUCCCCCACAGAGUCCUCUCCUCAUCCAUGUCUCUCCGGUCUCGUUCAGACAAGCCUCCGUGGUACAGCAGCGGUCCUUCCAGUACAGUUUCCAGUGCAGGACCGUCUUCUCCCACUACAGCCGACACUUCCCCACGUUUCAGUUUCAGUGAUAAGAUCUCCCUCACUCCUCAAAGUAGCGAGGAAACCCAUUCCUCUCAGAACCUUCCUUCCCAGCCCGCGCCCCCAACGCUGACACAAGUUCUCAACGCAAACGUCGUCUGCAUGUCAAGCCCCUGUGAAGUAGCACCGUCGCCUAAUAACUCUGCACAAGAUGGCGGCGAUGAACGCAGCAGUACUGACAGCCUACUUGAUAAUCCUGACCAGGAAGUGGCUUCUCCAGCUGUGGACCUUUCCAGCUGCUGCGUUUUGGACCCUGCUUUGCGGCCGCCCUGCUCCGCUUUGACCGAGCUCUCUCUGGGCCGCAUGGAAGGUUACUGCCUCCCGAGCUCGCUGCCCGUGCUGCUGGAGCUCCGAGAGAGCAGCAGCGAGGCGGGUUCCAGCACCCAGACGCCUCUGUCCCCAGACGGACCGGAUGAUGAGUUCUUCGACACGCAGGAGUCGGUGGAUUUGUGGCUAGACAGUCCCGACAGCCUCCCAGAAACGGAGACGCCUCUCGAGGUGGCCGCUGACCCUGCGGAAAAGCCGUCGGAAGAGCCGUGAUGCUACAAAUAUGGACUAGGCGGAUCAGGGAGCAUCAUCAUCAUUUUGAUGAUCAUCUGCAAGCGCAGAAGGAUUCUCAGCUAAGCUCUCAUGUGACUCCAUGUUGGGUCCAUAUUGCUGUGUGAUGCUAUCUACCCUUUUGAGUCCACAUACCUCAAUCUGGCUGACUUAAGCAGUUGUCGACAUUAGCAGUUGCUUGUGACUUUGGCCAGAGACGAAGGGAAGAAUGGGUGAUAAUAAAGGAUUUUUGGACCUACAACAUUUUGUUGACAUGGUUUUCCUCCAAUUGUGCUCAAUUUUAAUAGACACAUUUUCUUAGUUGUGGAAAGGAAGAUUAAGGAUUGACCUUUGACCUACUCAUGCUGAAGCUUUGAACAUUCUUGUUGCCCCUCCCAAUCGUCUUUCUGCCCUUUUUUUUUAUUAACCACAGAUCUGCUUCAACAAAAACAUGCCACCGACAAUGAUUGAAUUAACAAAACCACAACACGUGUCAACAUAAACCAGACUGAGUUCCCCAUAAGAAUCAAUGGAAACAUGACAAAUUGGUUCUAGCCUUAUAUACUUACAGUCUUGCUGUAUAGCUUUGUUUGUGCGUAUAUAUAUGUAUACAAAUAUGUAUAUAUUAUGUACAAACCCCAUUUUCA